AUGGCUCCAAACCUCGCUGCCUCCCAGCAUCAGCUGAUCCGCGAUAUGAUUAUAAGCAGAUCAUUGACUGCAGCUCAAAUGGCUGAUGUUGCAAACUGCAGCGAGCGUUCACCACCAAUCAAGGGCGGGCAUCCCCGUUCAAUCACCCCUCUCAUGGCCGAAGCCCUUUGUGAACAUCUUCUUGAAAAGCCCGACCUCUAUCUAGAUGAGAUGGCACUGUUUCUGUGGGAUGAACUUGAGAUCCUUACCACACCCUCAACCAUAAGUCGAACCCCUCGUCGUAUUGCAAAGGAACGGAACGCUGAUUUACGGGAUUUCUACCUCCACAACCUAUCGGACUUUCGGUCAUAUCAUCUUGUCUAUGUAGAUGAAUCUGGCUGUGACAGGCGGGUGGACUCCAGACGUACUGGUUGGUCUCCUCUUGGAGUGACUCCGGUCCAAGUAGCCCGAUUCCACCGCGAGCAACGAUAUCAGAUCCUACCUGCUUACUCGCAGGAUAGGAUUCUCUUAUCACGUGUGUUUCAGGGAUCUACUGACAGUACUAUAUUUAAAGAUUUUAUUAAACAGUUGCUACAUCAUUGUGGCAAGUGGCCGGAUCCAAAGUCUGUUCUGGUGAUGGACAAUGCAUCCUUCCAUCACACUGAGAGGAUCAAGCAGAUGUGCAGUAACGCCGGGGUGAAACAACUGUUCACGAGGACACGGUCUGUACAGGAAGAUAAAGAGGGGUAA